AUGGUAUCUACAAAGUCUCUAGUAGCAGCCAUAUCCAUCAAGUGCAAUUCUGAUGAUAAAUGCUCGUUGGCCUCAGCUAAUGGCACAAGGACUUCCAGUCUUAGCUCUUCAGACUCGGUUCUCAAUCUUAGUUUGGGUGAUCCAAUGAUGUUUGAGCCAUUCUGGAAAAAGAUGAGUGAUAAGUAUAAUGUGACAAUUGGUGGGGGUGACUUAAUGAGCUAUUUCAGUGAUGGUAACAAUGUAUGCUGGUUUUUGGAGCCUGAACUGGGCGCAGCAAUAAGGAGAUUGCAUGGUGUGGUGGGAAAUGCAGUGACUGAUGAUAGGUACAUUGUGGUAGGGACAGGAUCAUCACAGCUCUUCCAAGCUUUGCUUUACGCUUUCACGACUCCUGGUGGCCCUGAGCCAGUCAGUGUUGUGUCUUCUGCUCCUUACUACUCGGCAUAUGCUGAAGUGGUAGGUUUCCUAAGGUCAGAGCUGUACAAAUGGGAGGGUGAUGCAUAUAAGUUUGACAAGAAAGGAGCAUACAUAGAGGUGGUGAAUUCACCAAACAAACCAGAUGGAACUCUUAGAGAAGCUGUGGUGAUGAACCGUACUGGCAAUGGAAAUGGAAAACUAAUCUAUGACUUUGCUUACUACUGGCCACAGUUCACAGCUAUUACUGGCGCAGCUGAUUAUGAUAACAUGCUCUUUACGAUUUCCAAAUGCACAGGACAUGCCGGUUCCCGCAUUGGUUGGGCUCUUGUUAAGGAUAAAGAUAUUGCUAAGAAGAUGACUGAAUACAUAACGAUCAGCUCAAUCGGCAUAUCAAAAGAAUCACAGUUCAGGGCUGCAAAAAUCAUAGAAGUAGUUUGUAAUGGCAGCCAAAAAGUUGGGUCUGUCAAAUCAGAGAACUUCUUUGAAUAUGGGCGAAAAAUACUAUCUGAAAGAUGGCAAAAAUUAAGGGAAACUAUUCAAAAUAGUGAAUAUCUGAUUUUGUCCAGGUAUCCACAAGAGCACUGCCUCUUCAGUGGCAAGCUUGCUGAAACAUUGUCCGCCUACGCAUGGUUGGAGAGUAAAGAUGACACAAAGGAUUGUAACGAAUUUUUAAGAGGAUUAAAGAUCGUUGGAAAAAGUGGGAAGAUUUGCGGUGCCCAUCAAAAGUUUGCAAGGGUUAACUUGAUGUGCAGGGAAGAGGAGUUUAACCAAUUCAUAGAAAGACUAUCGGCCACUAGGGGCAAGGAGGUUAUCAAUGGACAUUAG